GCGCAUAUCAGGGAUCAUUGUGAGUCUGCGCGGAUAACCGCUCAGCAGCGGAGUGUUACAACAAUAGAGAAUAGCGACUUAUAUCCAGACCACAUUACUUACUUCAAACCCGGGCUUUUCAGUGUAUUUGUGUGCGUGUAUUUUUCAUUCAUUGCCUUAAUUAGACGUCUGUUCCCUCGUUCAUCUUUGAGAGAGAGAGAGAGAGAGAGAGAGAGAGAGAGAGAGAGAGAGAGAGAGAGAGAGAGAGAGAGAGAGAGAGAGAGAGAGACUACUUGACCGCAGAAGUUUUCGAGGCGUCUUGAGGGAAUGUCUGUGCACCAGCGCGCGACGCAGCAGUUACAACGCCUGUGACUGACAGCGCGAGACACUCUGCAUUCUGCAUCGUGUUGAUACGUCCUUUCUCGACACCUUUCUUCCUACUGGGACAAUCUGAUGGUGAUUUGAAGAACUGCAGCAGAUUUCCAGUGUACCUAUUUACCAUCCAGCACUUUGCUGUUCCCCUCUGCUGCUGCUGAUCGGCGGAUAUAAUCACAUCAGUGCUCCAAACAAAAUGGCUUCCACAGUGAGAAAAUGUCAGCACCUGUUUUUAACACUCAUCCUUCUCCCUUUGGUCUACUGCAUGCACCCAGACUGUGUCAUUCAGUUAGAGAAAGAGAAGUGCAUGGAAAGGAUGGCCAUGGAUGACCCUAGCAGUGAACCUGAAUUGGUCUGCCGAUGGAUGUGGGACAACCUCACCUGCUGGGAGCCAGCAAAAAUUGGUCAAGUGGUCUGGAUGCCUUGUCCUGAGCUAUUUGAAGUCAUGAGUGAGGAGAAUGAUGAGUUUGGAAAGGUCAGCCGUAACUGCACCGAGGAUGGCUGGUCAGAGAUGUUCCCGCACUACGUAGAUGUUUGCCCUUUUAAUGAAAAUGGAACAAGUCCAGACUUGUACUAUGUGUCAGUAAAGGCUCUGUAUACUGUGGGCUACAGCACCUCACUGGUGUCUCUCACCACUGCCAUGGUCAUUCUCUGCAGGUUCAGGAAGCUGCAUUGCACCAGGAAUUUCAUUCAUAUGAACUUGUUUGUGUCCUUCAUCCUGAGGGCCAUCUCAGUCUUCAUUAAAGAUGGCAUUUUAUAUGCAGAGGAGGACAGCAACCAUUGCUUUAUUCACACCGUGGAGUGCAAAGCAGUGAUGGUAUUUUUUCAUUAUUGUGUUUUGUCAAACUACUUCUGGCUGUUUAUCGAGGGCUUGUAUCUUUUUACGCUGCUUGUCGAGACAUUCUUUCCUGAGAAAAGAUACUUCUACUGGUACACCAUUAUUGGAUGGGGUACUCCAACGAUAUGUGUGGCUGUCUGGGCAGUCUUAAGAGCUCAUUUUGAUAACAUUGGUUGCUGGGAUAUUAAUGACAAUGCUGCCAUCUGGUGGGUGAUCAAGGGUCCAGUUCUUGCCUCUAUCAUGAUCAACUUUAUACUCUUUAUUGGCAUCAUUAUAAUCCUGGUGCAGAAGUUGCAGUCUCCAGAUAUUGGAGGGAAUGAGUCCAGCAUUUAUCUGCGUCUGGCUCGCUCUACUCUUCUCCUCAUUCCUCUAUUUGGAAUUCACUAUACCGUGUUUGCUUUCACACCAGAAGAUGUCAGUAAAAGAGAAAGACUCGUGUUUGAACUUGGUCUUGGUUCUUUUCAGGGUUUUGUAGUAGCUGUCCUUUACUGCUUUCUCAAUGGAGAGGUGCAGUCAGAAAUCAAACGAAAAUGGCGCAGCUGGACAGUGAACCGGUACUUUGCUGUGGAUAUGAAGCACAGGCAUCCGUCUCUGGCCAGCAGUGGUGUGAAUGGGGGCACACAGCUCUCCAUCCUCAGCAAGAGCAGCUCACAGAUCCGCAUGUCCAGCCUGCAGGCUGAAACACCGGCCACAUGAGCGCUCAGGGGACCAAACUCCUUAGAACUAGAGCUACAAAAUAACCUGCAUCAACAUCCAAGUCCUGUUUCAUCUUUUGAGUCCUUAUAGUGUCGGUUGAAGCUGUAAUAUCUGUCAACCCUCCAUAGAUGACAGGCUUUUGCUACAGAACUCUGAGGAGCUCACAACCAAUGGUCUAUUGUGUGCCAAGCAAACAUGGAUUCCUUUGAUGCAGACUUAUAGAGGAAUCAGAUUUGAUCUGAACCGUAAGGAAUUACAGGCCGAGGGGAAGUAAUGAAUCCAUAGCAAUCCAGUAUUUAGGAUGUUUUCAUCCAGAAAGCUAUAGUUCGUGAACAAGGUGGAUAUUUUUGUACAUA